GGAAAUGCAAUGUAACUUCCUGUUGUGAUUUCUUUUCAGUCAGUUAGUAUUCGGUUGAAACUAACAAAACAAUGUAUUUCUGAGGUUUUGCCUUUUCCAGUAUAUGAAUGUCAAGCUUCCAGUUAAGUCAAGCCUCUUCCAACCUUGCUGGUUGGCCAAUAGAGAUACCGAUAGUCUUAUGAGAUUUGGAGUAAACAAUCACUAAAAAAAAAAAAUAACUGUGUCAAAACUAAGCAUUUCUUUGAUAUGCCAGGAGACACAAGGCAUGGUCAUGGUGAUGACCCAAAUGAAAGCAUUUCUUCUCUGCCAAAGGUAGCCUCACUUCCAUGGGACAUGAAGACAGAGAAUGCAAUGCUGAGAUCUCGUCUGGAAGAGCAAUCUCAGCUAAUAUGCUUACUGAAACAGCGUGCUGAUGGCACAAUCCAUCGGUGCCAAGGCCUAGAAAGGAUAAAUGAAGAGCUAGAGAGAAGAAGUAAAGAGCUGGCUGAAAAGUUUGAAGCAGAGCAGAAGAGGGCUGAUAAACUGGAUGAGAGUUUCAACUUGCUGGCUGCCAAUCACCAACAGAUGAUUCAUUUCAAGGAUGAAUACAAAAAACAGAAUGAUGAGUUACGACGUGAGUGUGAGAAGCUUUGUAACAAUGCUCAACCUGAGCUGCUGGAGAAGGACCGGAGCAUCCACCAGCUGAAUGACCAGCUACAAGCAAUGGAAAAGGUGCAGCGGGAGCAGAGCCUGAGGCAUGAGGAAGAGUUGGAGUCCAUGGAAGAAAGACUGGGACAACUAAUGGAGAAACACCAGGGACAAACUAUAGAGUUAGACUCACUGAAACUGAAACUAACGAAUUCGCAAGAAUUGUGCUGUCAGUCGCAGGAAGAAUUACUGCGCAUGGUGGAAGCACGCAGAGUUGAACAGAAGGAAGCAGAAAGGCGUAUUAGUGAAAUGACAAAGGAGAAAGAGGACCUGCUCAAGUUGUGUAUGGACAGAGGGAAAUCCAUACAAGACAAGCAAAAAGAGAUUGCUGAGCUUAGUGAUAGGUUGCAAGACACUGAAAAGGCACGGCAGAGAGCAGAGGAGAAGUUUCAUCAAGACACUGCUGCAGUGGAUGCAGAUAUCAGAGUGUCAGAGCUACACAAAAAGCUGGAGGAAAGUGAUAAGGAACUGGGUCAGCUCAGGAGGGAAUUUGAAGCCUACAAAAUUCACAGCGGGAACUUGUUAUCCAAGGAAAGAGAACUGAAUGCAAAACUACGGCACUUGAUUGGUUGAAAACACUCAUGAUAAUAUUAUGAAAUGCCCUAUUUUUUAUGAAAUUUGACAUAUUGUUUUAAAAGUCAUUUUAGAAUGACAUAUUCGAAUUAAGAUUAAACAUAGAAUGUGACGGCAGAUAAGAACCAAUCGGCCCAUCUGCUCUGCCCAGUUUUCGAAAUACCUAAGUUAGUCCCUGGCCUAAUCUUAAGUCUAGGAGAGCCUUAUGCCUAUCCCAUGCAUGCUUAAUUCCCUCACUGUGUUAACAGCUGGAAGGCUAUUUCAUGCGUCCACUACCGUCUCUGUAAAGUAAUACUUCCUGAAAUUAUUUUUAACCUUUUGCCCCUCUAAUUUAAGACUAUGUCCUCCUCCUUUACUGUGUUGAUUCCUUUUAAGUAUUUAAAUGUUUCUAUCAUA